UAAAACUAACUUUUAAAUGAGCAAAACUUGUAGAAAUGUGGAACAGACACAAAAGACCCGGACUCGGUAUCUAUCAUUCAUUCUUAGUGCCCCUGGGCCAUUAAAACCACCUCACCAAUCUCCAACUCUCCACCCCACCAUCUGCGGCUCCCUGGGCGUCCGUGUUGGAAGUUCAAGAGAUCCAUAGUUUGCCCUUGGGCCAAUUUGCUGUCUUAAGAUGUAUCUGGAGAACAAGGGCAACCUGGAGAUCGAGAUGUCUCAAGCGGGCGCUCCGGGUCAGCAGAGUCGUGUCGGGCACAGGAAGUCCGAGGUCAUGGCGGGGAACUUUGACGAGCUGCGUCUGCUGGAGGGCUUCUCUGACCGCAGGGAGACCCAGAAACUGCUACAGGCAGCCGCCAUGCCACCAGGGCACUGUGCCAUCUAUGCCAAUACCCACCAGGAGGACAGUCACAGCUUCAGCGUGGUCAGCUUCCUGCGAGGAAAGACGAACCAGGCCAAACACACAACAGAGAGGUCUCCCCUGCUGAAGUUCUCCUCGGAUGAUAGCAUUACCUACAUGACCUUACAUGACCCCAACUUCCCUAGCGGUGAGGAGUCCUCGCUGGACAGCAGCUCCACUGAGGCCGACAGGAAGUGCCGCCUGGCUGGUGAGGCGGCCGGCGGUGGCAGUGGUCUCUCCCGCUCCUGGUCCUCAGAGAAGUACGACCUGGACAACCGGUACCUGAACUUCAAGCUGUCCAGCAACGUCCGGUAUGGCUUAAAGGUGUUUAAAACCUUCACUAUCUUCAUCAUUGUUGUCCUGUGUUCGCUGCUCUUCAGCAUGUACCCUGACCGUGAGAACCCCUGGACAAUGCUGGCCGUCUCGUCCACAGAGAGCUUCUCUAUGAACCUGACGGAUUUCCGUGGCAAUGCCCAGCUGAAACUGCAGAUGGGCGGGCCCUUUGUGGCUCGGGCUGAAGACAUUCCCGCAUCGGAGUACAUCCUCGUCCAGGUGGAGCAAAUAGAGGAGGUGGGGCCUCGCAGGAGGCGUGCACAGCAGGUCGUCUAUAAUUGGAGCAUCCCUCUGCACUCUCAGCGGAGCGACCAGAUCGUUAGGACGAGGACAUUUGAGAUGCUGAGCAGCUCUCCGGUCGUAAUCACAGUGCAGGCCUUUCUGCUGGACAGCCAGGUGGUGCCCCUCUCCAUGACUCACCAGUCCCUCUUCGCUACCGUGGAAACGCAGGUGCUCAUGGCUGGAAUCAUACUGGCAGGGGUCUACGUGCUCAUCAUCUUUGAGAUCGUCCACCGGACACUAGCGGCCAUGCUGGGAUCCCUGGCGGCCCUGGCUGCCCUGGCCUUCGUUGGAGAUAGGCCUAGCUUGAUGAUGGUGGUGGAGUGGAUCGACUACGAGACCCUGGCUUUGUUGUUCGGGAUGAUGAUCUUGGUGGCCAUAUUCUCUGAGACGGGCUUCUUUGACUACUGUGCCGUGAAGGCCUACCAGCUGUCCAGAGGCCGAGUGUGGCCCAUGAUCAUCAUUCUCUGCCUCAUCGCUGCUAUCCUCUCCGCCUUCCUGGAUAACGUCACCACCAUGAUGCUCUUCACGCCGGUCACCAUCAGGCUGUGUGAGGUGCUCAAUCUGGACCCCAGACAUGUGCUCAUCGCCGAGGUCAUCUUCACCAACAUCGGAGGGGCGGCCACCGCUGUCGGAGAUCCACCCAACGUCAUCAUCGUCUCAAACCAGGACCUGCGACAGAAAGGGAUUGAUUUCGCUGGGUUCACUGGCUACAUGUUCCUUGGCAUCUGCCUGGUACUUCUGACCUCCUUCCCAUUCUUCCGCAUGCUGUACUGGAACAAAAAGCUCUACAACAAGGAGCCCAUCGAGAUUGUCGAGCUGAAGCAUGAAAUCCUGGUGUGGAAGCAGACGGCUCAGCGCAUCAACCCUGCCAGCCGCGAAGAGACGGCCGUCAAGCGCCUGCUCACGCAGAAGGUGCACAACCUGGAGAACCUGCUCCGUCGCCAGCUGCGCUCCUUCCAGUGGCAAAUAUCACAGGAGGACAAAAAUUGGGAACACAAUAUUCAGGAGCUUCAGAAAAAGCACAAGAUAACUGACAAGGUUCUCCUGGUCAAGUGUGUGUCCGUCCUCGCUGUUGUCAUCCUCAUGUUCUUUCUCAACUCCUUCUUCUCUGGCAUUCAUCUUGAUCUGGGCUGGAUCGCCAUCCUGGGAGCCCUGUGGCUGAUGGUGCUGGCCGAUGUCCAGGACUUUGAGAUCAUCCUCCACCGAGUGGAGUGGGCCACCUUACUCUUCUUCGCAGCACUGUUUGUUCUCAUGGAGGCCCUGGCUCAUCUACAGCUGAUUGACUAUAUUGGUGACCAGACUGCCGCCCUCAUCAAAGCGGUACCAGAAGAGGAGCGCUUGGCCAUCGCCAUUAUCCUGGUGAUGUGGGUCUCCGCCCUGGCCUCCUCCCUCAUAGACAACAUCCCCUUCACCGCCACCAUGAUCCCCGUUCUCAUUAACCUGAGUCAGGACGAGGACGUUAACCUUCCGGUGAAGCCUCUCAUCUUUGCUCUGGCAAUGGGCGCCUGCUUGGGAGGGAACGGGACAUUGAUUGGGGCGUCAGCCAACGUGGUGUGUGCAGGAAUCGCAGAGCAGCACGGCUAUGGCUUCUCAUUCAUGGAGUUCUUCAGGCUAGGAUUUCCCAUGAUGCUCAUGACCUGUACGAUCGCCAUGUGUUACCUGCUGGCCACUCACAUCGGACUGGGCUGGAACACCUAAAACUCCCCCACACACACGAGACCAAAAGAAACAGACUUUUUCUGUGCGUGUGUUUGUGUGUGUGCGCAUGUGUGUGUGUCUGUGUGUGUGUGUGUGUAAGACUGUGUUAGAAUGUGUGCUUUGAAUGAUCACACUCUGGGGAGAGGGGGGAAGCCUCGCCUCGCUGGAGAUGGACGGGUCCCUUGUUGACUGGGAGACACAGUUCGUUGGCAGAGCGGUGAGCAGCUUGUGUGUGUGUAUGUGUGUGUGUGCGCAUGUGUGUUUGUGUGUAUUUGUGUGUGUGUGUGUGUGUGUGUGUGUGUGUGUGUGUGUGUGUGUGCCUGGCCUCAUUAAAGCGUGGCAGACAGCUCUUGCUUGCCAGCCACACGCCUGGCCUCAGACACGGAGGACAGAGAAGAGAGACGAAGAGCCGAACCAAGGGAAUGAAUCAUCCGCGCACAGUGCCCAGCUUCACCCUGGCACUCGCCAGUGCUCUCUGGUGCUACCGCUGCCAUGGCGACUUGGAAUACCAUGAGGACAGCCA